AUGGAGGAUGCGACCAGGACCUUUGGGAAAGGAAGCUGCCCCCCGGGGCCCGUCCCAGAGGGCCUGAUCCGCGUCUACAGUAUGAGGUUCUGCCCCUUUGCGCACAGGACGCGCCUUGUCCUCCGGGCCAAAGGCAUCAGACAUGAAGUAAUCAACAUUAACCUGAGAAACAAGCCUGAAUGGUACUAUACAAAGCACCCUUUUGGCCAAAUUCCUGUCCUGGAGAACAGCAAAUGUCAGUUGAUCUAUGAAUCUGUCAUCGCCUGUGAGUACCUGGAUGAUGCUUAUCCUGGAAGGAAGCUGUAUCCAUAUGACCCUUAUGAGCGGGCUCGCCAGAAGAUGUUAUUGGAGCUAUUCUAUAAGGUCCCACAUUUGACCAAGGAGUGUCUGGUGGCCAUAAGAUGUGGGAGAGAAUGUGCUGAUCUGAAGCUAGCCCUGCGUCAGGAAUUCUGCAACCUUGAAGAGAUUCUUGGCUAUCAGAACACCGUCUUCUUUGGUGGAGACUGUAUAUCCAUGAUCGAUUACCUCUUUUGGCCCUGGUUUGAGCGGCUGGAUGUGUAUGGAAUAGCUGACUGUUUGAACCACACGCCAGCUCUCCGGCUCUGGACAGCAGCCAUGAAGCAGGACCCCACAGUGUGCGCCCUUCUCAUAGAUAGGAGCAUUUUCCUGGGCUUCUUGAAUCUUUAUUUUCAGAACAACCCUGAUGCUUUUGAUUAUGGGCUAACUUGCUGA